AUGGGGCCCCCCAACAACGAUCCCCAGGGAGACGAUCCCCGGGGAGACGAUCCCCGGGGAGACGAUCCCCGGGGAGACAGUGGAGACGAUCCCGAUCCCAGGAGAGGGUGGAGACGAUCCCCAGGGAGACGUCAGCAGCAGCAGAUACACCACCAACAACAGCAACAGCAUAAGCAGCAGCAGCAACAAGUGCAGCAACAGCAGCAGCAGCAGCAGCAACAGCAGCAGCAGCAGCAGCAGCAGCGGGAGCAAACAUUCUCCUCAGGAACAGCAGCAGCUGUAGCAGCAACAGAUGCAGCAACAGCGACACGGGCUGUGCUGAGGCAGAGGGAGGGGGAAGCAGAACAGAACACAGCAGCAGCAGCAGCAGCAACAGCAGCAGCGGCAGCAACAGCAGCAGCAGCAACAGCAGCAGCAGCAGGGGGGUCACUAGCUGCGGCGCCUCCAGGUAUUCCACCUCCUCUGCUCCCCGUUGGAUCUUUUGGGGGUGCUGCUGCUGCCCCUUCUGAUGCUGCAGCAACAGCUGCAGCAGCAGCAGCAGCAGCUGCUGCUGCUGCUGCUGCUGCUGCUGCACCGGCUGCUGCUGAGGGUCCCCGGGCGCCCACUGCAAUUGGGUGGCAUCCACCGCAGUACAUCCCCAAAGGCGAGGCCCCUCAGUUCAGCAGCAGCAGCAGCAGCAGCAGCAGUAGCAGCAGCAGCAGCAGCAGCAGAGACUGGAGCAGCAUCAGACAGCAGGACUUCUGGCACCAGGAAAAGCAGCAACGGCAGCAACUGCAGCAACAACAACGGCAGCAGCAGCAACAACAGCAGCAACUGCAGCAACACCAACGGCAGCAGCUGCUGCAACACUCCCCGCAGCAACAACAGCAGCAACACCAGCAACAGCAACAACAUCAGCAGCAGCAGCAGCAGCAGCAGCAACAGCAGCGCGAACCCGCACUGUCUAGCAGGGUUAGCUCGCAGGACAUCCCUUGCAGCACUAGGCACACUGAUGAGGCAGCAGCAGCAGCAGCAGCAGCAGCAGCAGCAGCAGCACAGGGUGGGGCUGUCUGCGGCCUCACAGCAGCUGCAGCGGCAGCAGCAGCAUGGCAGCAGUCCUCUGAAGCGCAGGAGCGCCUGCAGCAGCAGCAACAGCAGCAGCAACUGCUGCGACAGCAGCAACAGCCGAAGCAAGAACGGCUGCAGCAACACCUACUCCGGCAACAGCAACAGCAGCAGCAGCAACAGCAGCAGCAGCAGCAGCAGCAACAGCAGCAGCAGCAGCAGCACCAGUCGCAGCAGCAGCGGCAGCAGCAGCGGCAUCGGGCACAGCAUGAGCAUGUGCAGCACCAGCACCAGCAUCAGCAGCAACAACAGCAGCGCCAGCAGCAGAAGCAGCAGUACCAGCAGCAGCAGCAGCAGCAGCAGCAGAUGCUACAGCAGGCGGCGCAGCACAGAGAUGAAGAGCAGCAGGAGGGGGGCAAGAGGGAAGCGAUGCGCGCAAUGGCUGCAGCAGCAGCUCCAGCUCCUGCUGCUGCUGCUGCUGCUGCUGCCCCUGUAUCAGCAUCAUUGGAAGGAGCAGCAGCAGCAGGGCGCAUGCAAGAAGCUGCCAAAGGAGACAGCAAUGCAGCAGCAGCAGCAGCAGCAGCAGCAGCAGGAGACAGCGAGGAUUCCUUGUCUUUGUGCUGCUUCCAUAAGACUCAUGGGCCGAGCAGCGAGUCUUCUGCAGCGCCAGCAGCAGCAAAAGCAACAGCAGCAACAGCAGCAGCAACAGCAGCAGCAGCAGCAGCAGCAGCAGGGAUGGAAGACAGCAGCAGACAGCGGGAGUUUAUCAAGCACAUGCUGAGGACCACCAACGUGCGGGCGCAGCUCUCUCUCCCUGGGUGGAGCGACUGGAGCGAUGCACUUGAAGAGGAAGCAGCAGCAGCAGCAGCAGCAACAGCAGCAGCAGCAGCAGCAGCAGCAGCAGCAGCAACGCCAGGAGCAGCAGCAGCAACAACGACAGCAGCAGCAGCAGCAGGAGGGACACUUGAGGAGAUCCUCCGGCUCUGCACCCAAACGCAGCAACCGGGGCAGCUCCCUAUCCCCCCCAUCUACCCCGAGGCUGCUGCUGCUGCUGCUGCUGCUGCUGCUGCAGGUGCUGCUGUACAGGCACCAACAGCAGCAGCAGCAGCAGAUGCUGCAGCACCUGCUGCUGCUGCUGCAGACGGAGAAGCACUCUCACAAUGGUGA